UCUCAUACGCGAUCAGACAAGACCAAGCGAAGCUAGACAUGUAGGCAUUAUGCCUGCUGUACCUUUCCGUUUGUUGUUCUUCUCUCUUUAUGGCGACGAUAUCAUCGUCGAGGCGACUCCCGCAACGAUCCUUCUAGAUUUGAGGCCCCAACUGGUGCGGAAACUCCCAAGAAUCGAUUGGGACUCGGUCGUGCUGUAUCUCGGAGCUGAAGAGCUUUCCUGGAAUGACACAGUGGCCAAUCAACGGCUCACUGAUGGAGUUCGCAUUCUGAUCGGCUUCAGAGAUUAUUAUACAGAUGUAGCUGACAGAAUGCUGUCGCAACAGUCUGCAGUCGAUUAUGUAUCUGAGACUGAGAGUGAUGCAACUCAUCACAUGACCAUUAGUCAGCAUGACGACGACGUCAGCAACAAUUAUUGUGCUGAAACGACAGAUCAGGACGAGGAGAUUCGCGUGUCUGCUGGUACCGAGAGGGAUACUUCUUCUCUUGCUGCCGUUGACCGUGAAAUAGUGACCCAGGGGCUACCAGACGAAGUUGACCACAUUCGUGUUCGUCAGGCAUUUGUAGAUGACGAAGACGAUCAAACAGCCGAUCAACAACAGCAUGGAACGCCUCAUUAUCUCGAAGAGACGACCAGCAAUUUUGAACGGCCAAGAAGUAACGAACAUUGCAAGCAUGUCAUCGUGACACACAUUGAUGGCAAUACAAGCCAAACUGAUCAUGAAACAUCUUUGAGCAACGAUACGGUUACUCCAGAGCAAUGCGAAGUGGCCAACGAAUGGAUGGAGUAUUCAGACAGUACCAACAAUGAUGGCGACGAACACGUGAUUAGAGAACCUCAAGAAUAUGAAUCACUAACGAGCGACUUUGCCGGAGAGCGAAACGACGACAACACGAUUGAAGAAUCUCGAGAAUGUGGAUCCUUGAUGAGUCACUUUGAUGGAGAGCGAAGCGACAACGACAGCAACAUGAUUGAAGAAUGUGAAGAAUACGCGUCCCUAACGAGUGCCUUCACUGAAGGGCGAAACGACACCGGACAACACGACAGCGAGUCUGGUGUGGCAUCGGGAGCAACAGAUGUUCAAGUAUUGGUAUCUACUCAAGCUAUUGCUCGGAUUUCCAGUGGAGUCGAAGUGGAUUGCGUCGAUCAAGACCAACUACCAGUCAUGCCUCAUUCACUAGAUACUCGCGUUGGUUCGUCGUCUACUCAAGAAGAAAUGGACUUACACUGAAUCAUGAAUCAUUGGUUGAUAUCGGAAGUGAGUUGUUGUACUGGGCCUUGAUCUUUCAUCUUCUUCUUUGAUCUGUACAAAGUCGUGUAAGGAGCAGGACUUUGGCUGUUGUAUGGAAUGCAAGCACGAACAGUAGUGUGAACGGUGACUAUGAUGUGAGCGUCACGAACUUGCUGAAUGAUUAGCGUACGAACUUGUUGAACGAUUUUCAUGCAAAGUCACUGCUGCAAGUCUAACAUUUUAGUCAAUUUUUAUGUAUCAAUUAUUUUAUUUUUAAUUAAUUGUUGUGUAUCUAUUGUAUAUUGUGUACGACAAGUGGGAAUAUUUAUGGAUUCAUAUUCAGAU